AUGCGUAUUGUACAUUUUCUUGGUGUUCCCGGCGCAGGUAAAUCUACCGUCAUUGGCCGAUUUUGUCAAGAGUACCCCCUGUGUGCGAGUCUUUACAUUGGCCAAAUCGUCCGCGAGGAGAUCCAGCGACAGACCCCACUCGGGCAAGAAAUGCAGCUAAUGUUGGCCCAGGGAAAUGUACUUUCAGGGGACGCAGUUAUACCUAUCCUCCAGCAGGAGAUUGCACACCAUGAAGCAACUGGAACAGCUGUUCUUUUUGUGGACGGCUUUCCUCGGUCUGAUGAUCAAGCUCGUGCCUACUUACUGCACUUCGGUUCUCCUACUUUAACACUUUGUCUCUCCGCUUCGGAUGAGGUAAUUGCCGAAAGGCUGAUGACAAGACAGCAGUCUACUACACUACGACUCGAUGACACAAAGGACAUAAUACAGCGGCGCAUUGAAAAGGCACGAGAACAUGUACAGCCAGGGCUAGAUGUUUACAUAGAGCAUAACUGCAAAGUAGAAAUUAUUGAUAGUAGCGGGUAUUUGGAUGAAGUCUGUUCGUCUGUACUGAAAAUGCUGCAUAAGCAUAAAGUAUUAUAG